UCUCCCGCCAGCUGGCCGACCCCUCGCCACCGCCCUUCCUACUUUCUUCGACAUGUUCUUCUCGUCGUCUUCUUCCUCCUCGUCCACGCACACUCGCUCUGCCUCCUACUCUGCCUCGUGCUCGGACUCGUACGCGGACUCGGGCCUCGGCGCUAGCUCAGACGGCGACGUCGAUGUUGCCGGAAGCAACGGCGCAACCGAGCCUGGCCAGCGGCUGGUUGGAGUGAUGACCAAGGGCGCACGGCGGAAGCUGCUCGCGAGGCAGAUGGUAAACUCGGCCAAGCAGGCCAAGCUCUCGCUCUCGCUCUCGGAGCUGAUCGCCGGCAUGUACUAUCUCAAGAAGCACCACCGCGCGACCCGCCCGCGGCGCAAGUUCAAGCGCGCCGGGCGCAAGACCCGAAAGGUUGCAGCCGACGCGCUGCACUACGCUCACCUCGCCUUUGCUGUUUACUGUGCCGACGAAGCCGAUCUUGAGCUCCGGCUGGAGGAGCACCUGUCAGAGACCCCGGAUCUGACCAUGGACAAUGUGGUCGAGUGGUCGCGCGAGUCGCACGUCAACGCCCCGGGCUACAUGAUCGUCAACGAUCCCAACCGCAAGGAGAUUCUGGUGGUCAUGCGCGGGACAAACAACCUCAACGAUGUGCUCACCGACAUCUCGGCCGCAGCUGUCAACGCGUACGGCGGUGAGGUCCACGAGGGCUUCUACCAGUCGACCCAGUGGUUCCUUCGCAAGCGCAAGAAGACCAUCCUGAAGCUCCUCGACCGCAACCCGGGCUACAUGCUCAAGGUGACCGGCCACUCGCUCGGCGGCGCGACUGCGGCCAUGAUUGCCCUCGACCUUCGCCCAUCGCUCGGCAAGCAGGUCUCUGCCGUAGUCUUUGCGCCCGCAGCCGGCUUCUCGGCCAAGCUCGCCAAGAGCACCACCAAGUAUGUGACCUCGUUCAUCCUCAACGAGGACGUUGUCCCGCGAUUCUCCUCUGCCCACCUCGAGUGCCUCGCCCUCGAGCUCAAGGCCUUUCCGUGGAAGGACUUGCUCGCCGCCCACGCCCGCGAGGCCCGUCGUGAGCUCGGCAAGAACUUCACCUCGGUCAUCGCCGCCGUCCGCGGUGACAAGCCGCGCCGCGAAGCCAAGGCCGUCCAUGUCAAGUUGCCCAAGAAGCGGCCAAACGCUGCCAAGCUCAUCAAGCAGUCCGGCCUCACUCCGCUCUACCCACCGGGUUACAUUUACCAUCUCAUCCGUGACGAUACCCUCGCCGAGCGCGAUCCUUCUGCCCUCGUCCCCUACUUUGUGCGCAAGGUCGGCAAGUCGGCCGUCUCGAACUUUUCCUCCAUCGACCUCGCCGACUCGAUGAUUGACGACCACCGCAUGGGCAACUACAUCGCAGCCAUCGAGCAGGUCCUCGAUCCGAGCCUCGCCUCCAAGCCUGACGUUGUUGCCGACGCCAGCUCGGUCUCUUCGUCCGAGUCCUCGUCGUGA